UACUCGGUGCUUUGUGCUGAACUGUUUGACUGGUGCUGUGUGUUGGAUAUUGAGUGUGUUUAUUGGAAGCAUUUCCCUCAGAUUUCCAGGCUGCUUUAUUGAUGGAUCAAUCCUGAAUAUGGGAAGAAGAAUUGCACUGUACAUAUCAGAGAAUUCAGAGAAAAUGGACACUGCAGAUAGAUCCUGACCAUCACCCAAGGAACAACUGCACAAAGACAUCCAGUCCCUUUACAGCAUUGCUCAACCCCGAGAAGAUUCGGCAGUGAAAUCAGUCAGGCCGGGGAGGUUUGACAUAUCAUCAGAUCUGAAACUGGUCAGUGGUGUGGAGCCUUCCAUCAGAGCCAGCCUUUCGUAAGGUUCAGCUGUAGUUGAGACUGAGAAAAACUGCAAGUGGCUCCCAAGUGUUUUGCAGUGUGAGGCAUCUGAGGAGACUUCCAGAGGUUCUGAACAUAUUUUGCAAUUGUUGUAAAUGCAAGGACAACUUAAUGGAAGAGAAACUGUUCAAGUGUGAGGUCUGCAACCGAGCUUUUGCAAAGUCAUCAAGACUUAUGAAUCACCAACGCAUUCAUACGGGGGAGAAGCCAUUCAAAUGUGAGGUGUGCAACCGAGCUUUCGCACAGUCAUCAACACUCGUAAAUCACCGACGUAUUCACACUGGGGAGAAGCCGUAUGUGUGCGAGGUGUGUGACAGAGCAUUCUCACAGCCAUCAAACCUCCGUGUACAUCAACGUAUUCACACAGGGGUGAAACCAUUUACAUGCGAAGUGUGUGACAAAUCAUUCUCAAUGUCAGCUAACCUCCGUUUACACCAACGUAUUCACACAGGGGAGAAACCAUUCACAUGCAACGUGUGUAUGAAGUCAUUCUUGAAUCCAGUGCAUCUCUGCAUACACCAACGCAUUCACACAGGGGAGAGACCAUUUGCAUGUGAGGUGUGUGACAAAUCUUUCUCACAGUCAUCAAGCCUCCGCGUUCACCAACGCAUUCACACAGGGGAGAAGCCAUUUGCAUGUGGUGUCUGUGACAAGUCAUUCUCACAAUUAUCAAGCCUUCAUGUACACCAACGCGUUCACACAGGGGAGAAGCCGUUCACGUGUGAGGUGUGUGACAAAUCAUUCUCACAGACGUCGAGUCUCCGUGUUCAUCAACGCAUUCACACAGGGGAGAAGCCAUUCACGUGUGAGGUAUGCAACAAAUCGUUCUCAAGCUCAUCAAACCUCCUGCUCCACCAGAAGAUUCACACAGGGGAGAAACCCUUCACAUGCAAGGUAUGUGACAAAUCAUUCUCAGGAUCAUCAAAACUUCUGCUGCAUCAAAGGAUUCACAUCGGGGAGAAACCAUUCAGGUGUGAGGUGUGUGACAAAUCUUUCUCGCAGUCAUCGAUCCUCCGCAUCCACCAUCGCAUUCACACUGGGGAGAAACCAUUCAAGUGUAAUGUGUGUCACAAAUCAUUCUCACAGUCAUCAGCGCUCCGGACACACCAACGCACACAUACAGGUGAGAAACCAUUCAUGUGCAAUGUAUGCAACAAGUCAUUCUCAAGGUCAUCAAGCCUCCUGCUCCAUCAGAGGACCCACCCCGGAAUAACCCUUCCAGUGUGAGGUUUACCAUAAAGAUUUUGCGACAUCUAUCUUCAAAUGAAACCAUAAGAUUUACACUAGGAAGAAACUCUUCUCGUGUGAUCUUUGUACCAGGGCUUUUGCUUAGCCAUCCCCGUCCAUCAAAAAUGAACAGAGGGGAGAUGUGCUGUCAGUGUGAGCUCUGUAGUAAAGCCUUCACACAAUUGUUGGACCUCCUGAAACAUUAACAAACACAUAUGGGCCAGCCCAGCCACAUAUGUCAUUAGUGUAAACAUCUGCAAAAGCUCAAUGCACAGGAUAUUUAGUGGGACUGGGACAGAGAACAAGAGGUAGCUUUCACUCCCAUCAAACAACUAGUGAUGACAUCACCAGUGCUGAGGGAUUAUGAUGUAACAAUGGAGUCACCCUGUAGUGUGAUGUCAGUGAAACAGGACUUGGGGUAAUCCCCAGGCAGUGAGAACAACCCGUUGUAUUUCUAUCCAGAGCAUUAACACAAACUGAGCAACACUAUACACAGAUUGAGAAAGAUGGUCUGCAUAAUGUCUUUGAUUGUGAGCUUUACUAUAGUAUUAGGAGAGAGCAAAUGAUGGUAAAUCUGACCACAAGCCAUUUCAAAGCAUCUUUCUCAAACCAUUUCAGUCUGUUCAAAAAGGAUAUUACUUGAUUUGUAAAGAUAUCACUUGGCAGUGAAGUACAAGGAAGGAAGCGUUUGUACAUUGCUGACCAGCUGUCAAGAGCUGCAUUCUCUUUGAAGGACGUAAACAGUUUGAAAUCUUUCAGAUUCGGCAAGAACCAACAACACAAGGAUGACAUGAAUCCAUCAAGGACACCCCUGUCACAGUAAGACAGCAUUGGACAAAGCGAGAUGAGGUACAAGGUGGCAUCUGUACAAAGGGAACAGGGUCAGUAUACUUGAAGAGAUGAGGAAAGAGAUGCUAAAGCACAUACCACACAAAUCAUUAAUAAUUGAAUUUAGUCUGAAUAAGGCAAGAGAGGUGAUCUAUUGGCCAAACAUCAGCUCGUGUAGUGCUUAUGAUGAAUAUCAAACUAAACAAGAUUAAGAGCUAUUCAUGACAUCCCAGACAGCCCAUGGACAAAGCUUGGAGUAGACCUCUUUAGUUUCACUGGAACUGAUUAACUCAUCACCAUUAACUAAUAUUCAGAUAGCAGGGAGUUCGAGCGCUGAUGUCAUGGAUUCCCAGUGAGAUUGCACUGUCUGAAAGAACACUUUGUGAUAUCCCUGACAAUGACCUCAAUUCCCAAGUGAAGAAUUCAGAUACUGCAUGGAUGAUUGGGAAAUUCAACACCACCCACCAUCUCUCAUUAUCCCCAGUCAAAUGGAAAGAGCGAGGCAUUGGUGAACAUUGACAAAGACAUCAUUAAAAUCUACCACAUCUAGGGCAGAUAUGUACAAUGUGAUCUUAGAGCAGAGAAACACAGCUACUGAAGGCAUGGAAGCUGUCCAGGCUGGUGACUAUUGUAAUACUACUCCAGACUACAUUUCCGAUAGCUAAAAUAAUAUUGAAACCAGAAACAGUGCUACAACUGAACUGAAUAGCCUAUACUGUCACAUAUACUCAACAAGUACAGUGAAGGUUUGUAUGUCACCAGUUACAGCGCUAACUUAGAUACAAAAGUACCUCGGCACAACUUCUUUUGUUACAAGAUUUGAUACAGAAAUAAAAUGUCUAAGCAUUACAGAAGAGUUCCAUACAGCAGACCAUGCUGGCACUUACUUUCCAGUCCGCACCAUAUUGGCUCCACGCUGCGCCAGUUACAUGCCAGGAGGUUGCCAAGCCAGGAUGCCGCUGCACCAGGUCAAGAGGUCACUGUGCCAACACCAGGAAGUCCCUAUAGGAAGAGGCCACUGCAUUAGGCCAGCAGGUCAUCACGCUACGCUGGGAGGCUGCUGUGGGAGAACGCCAUGUCAUGCCAGAUGGCCGCUGCAAGAGGAUGCCAACCCAUGCAGGGAAACCGCUGCUGCAGGCCCGUAGUCGACACCAGAGGCCGGGAAUCAUCAUUCGCCAGAGGUUGGGGAUCGCCACUGGAGGCUGAGGUCAUCGCUCACUGAAAGCCACUGAUCGUUGCUCCUCGCUGGAGGCCGGGUUAAUUUUCGAAGGCCAGAAGUCGAAGAGAAGAAAAGGAGGAGAAGAAGAAGAGAAAAAAACACUAGGAGGAAUUGAAAAAAGAGUGGGUGGAGCAGACGAGUUCUUCACUGUUACACAUGUCAUCCCUAAACUCUCAAAAUCCCAAAAAGAUCACCAAGAAAAUCAAUUUCUCUGAUUGACUGCUGCUCAGGACAAAACUAUCACAUCAGUUCUACCUUGAACAGGAAAUUCUUGUGACACACUCAACUUUAACAAAGAGCAGGAGAAAGAAAAGUAUUCUUAAUUUACUAAUAUGCAUCUUAGCUAUAGUUCUUCAACAUCCCCAAUUAAAUGCAUGCACACACACAAUUAAGACAGACAAAAGACAAAAGACAAACGUGGAAAAAUAUACACAGGAUAAGUACAAUUCUCAAAAUCAAAAGUCCAGAUUUAAAAGGUGUGUUCAAUUAUCUUUUAUUAAUUUUUAGCCCUAAUGACAUGAUGUUGUCUGUGAGGUGAUGGCUAUUAUUUGAUUUAAAAGUUGAUUUUGGUCUUUCCUCGUUAGAAUUAUUCCUUUUAAGCCUUAUUAUUUUUCUGUUUCUCCCCACAUGGAGAGUGAGCAUAGGAGAGAUGGAUGCUUUCUUUUGCAGGCUGUGGAUGUUUCGCUCUGCUGCCCUGAUACUUACAGCUCUUUAACACUCUGCAUCUCAAACAAUCAAAAAACUGUCAUCAGAUACCACUCCUUCACUCAAAGUACACUCUGUUGCAUUCGGUCGUGAACUGUCUCCACCAUUGCUACAAAAAAAGGGUUUUGCGUGGCUCCAAAUAAAUGCCAAAAUAAUUAAUUUGAUUUUCAAGUUGCAAACCCCUGUAUUUUAGUUAUGCAAUUGCCCAAUUUCCAUUUCAAUUUAUAGUCCCUAAAAAAGAAAACUGAAGUCUGUUACAAUAAUAAUGAGACAGUAACAAAAGCAAAUGGCUCAAAGUUAAAUUUCAGUUAGGCAAUGCUUUUGCAGCAUUACCAGAGCUGAGGGUUGGAGAGCCAGGAUAAAUAUUUUUAAACAAACAAAAUUAAAUAUUUUUAACGAAUGUCAGCACAAUUGCUUACUGUGUAUAGAGAGGAUGUCACCUCAAACAUAUAUAGUGCAAGUGUAAGACCAUAUCUCUUGUUGCAGAUGUAUACAUAGAUGUUCUAUUGUGAGCAGUUAUGGGUCCUGUAUCUAAGCAAGGAUAUGCUGGUAAUGGAAAGGGUCCAGACGAGUUUUACAGAAUGAUCUCAGACAUGAAGAGCUUGUCAUAUGAGGAGGGUUAUUUAGUUUUGCAGAGGUAAAUGACUAUUUAUCAAUAUCCUUCCAAACUGUUUCAUUCCUGCAUGAGGAGCUGUAAUGUGUAAUGAACGCAGCCCACUUAAAUUCCUCCCAGUAUUUCUGUAAUUAACUGUUGCAGCAUCCGUGAAGUAGCAGUGACGGAAACCCUCAAAUGGUCAAUUGUGGAAUACUGAGAUUCUUGCAGAACAAGAGAACUGGAAUUAGGACUGUUAAAUGAACAGCUAUGUAACAUAUCAAUCUGGGACUGCAGUGAUGAUUUUAAAGUCCAUAUAGUAUUCCAGCCAAGUCACGGUGAGAUGCCUGAAUAAGUGGAUCCACAAAACUUCUGAAAUGUAAUAAGGUCUGAUCUAUAAGACAAAAAAAUGUCUGAUUGAAUUACCAUUGCUUUGUUCAAUCAAGAAAAAUGGAGAGAGAAAAAAAAUCGGUGACUGCAUUUGAGAUACACGGGAAUGAAUAUAAAACAUCUGAACAAAUUCAACAGCAGAUUCAGCUUUGAAGGCAACAUUUGAUAAUGCUAUCAUUUGAUAAGAUGUAUACAUAGUUUCUGGGUGAAGAAUCAAGCAACAGUGAGAGUUAGGCAACAUCAUUUUAUGGAGAAACGUAUCUUCUCUACCUCAUGUUUUGAGCCAAGUAUGAUAAUAACCUGUUAUAGUUACUGAAGUAUAAUAAAGUACACACAAAGGACAAGAACGUCUUCUGUUAAUACUUGUGCUCUAUCCUCCACCACAUGCUAGCAAACAGCACUAUAAAUUAAAAAAUAAAGAAUUGGUGGCAACCAACACCUCAAGGUAUGAAAAUAAUGAGGGAUGGACAGUAAAUACUGAUCAGGCAGCAAAGUCAGUGAGUGAAAAUAAAAUAACAGUAGACACUGGGUGACAAUGGUGAGCAUUAAAUUCUGCAAAAAUGGUCUGUUUCUGUACUUUAAAAAUUAAAAUAAACUGAAAACAAUGGUGGCGGAAUGAAUGGAGAACAGUUAGUAAAACAGUGUUCUUGGGGAACAAGAGCAAGGAAGUGAUGUUGUCGACCUCUUCUGAAGUUUUGGGUAUAGUUGUGGCACCAUGUUAUAGGAGAGAUGUGAAGGCAUUGGAGAGAGUACAAGGAUGGUUCCAGGAAUGAGAAAUAUCAGUUAUGAGGAUAGAUUGAAGAAUUUGGGACUACUGUAGACAUUAGUUUAUACUAAGAUGAUUUGCAAUGAUGGAGAGAAAACAUGAAACCAUUACGUUAGCUGAAGCUGGGCUGAGCAAGGUGCAAAACAAAAUUAAUUAAAAUGCUCUUGGGCCAUUAGACCAAGGCCUGAUAGGAAUCUGAAGCAAGUACUGUCUGUCCAAGAAAAAUAGACUGGUUAGAGUAGUUAAGGGAAUAGCGAGUUUUGAGAAGAUUUGUAGCUCAGGUUGAGGUUCUGGAUGUGAGUUUGCGCACUGAGCUGGAAAGUUUAUUUUCAGACGUUUCAUCACCAUACGAGUUAACAGCCGCAGUGAGCCUUCAGCAAAGUGCUGGUGUUACAUCCCACUUUCUAUU